AUGGGUUUACCUGACCCUCUCCGUAAUUGUUUGCGGCUACAGAGAGUCAUCAAGGGGAUCAACCGCGYGCAAGGCCUURAAAAAYCUSAACGACUACCUGUUACCGACGACAUAAUGUGGAUCAUUUUCAGGCAUCUGAACAUGGACCUGGCGGACCAUAGSAUGUUUUGGGCAGCAUGUUGCUUAGCCUAUUUUGGRUUUCUUCGUUCUGCAGAGUUCACUGUGCCAAAUCKYAAUUGYUACUCUCCUGAGAUACAUUUAAACGUUCGCGACAUAGCCGUGGACUCCACGACGUCUACUACCUGUAUUCGUGUCAACGUCAAGGCAUCUAAGACUGACCCGUUUCGCAAGGGGUGUCAUAUCUUCAUUGGGAGAGCUAAACCCCCUCUAUGCGCGGUUGAAGCAAUACUCUCAUACAUGGCAAUUCGGGGAGACUCACCGGGUCCCCUGUUCCUCUUUCAGUCAGGACAACCUUUAACCCGCGUCCUUCUAACAAAGUGGCUAAGGGACAUUUUGUCUGUUGCAAACGUCCCGGGAAAUUACUCGAGCCAUAGUUUCAGGAUUGGGGCAGCCACGGUUGCGGCCCGCAAUGGUGUGCCAGACCACCUCAUUCAGACCUUGGGUCGUUGGUCUAGUAACGCGUUCCAGAGCUACAUUAGAACCCCAAUAGAGGCACUUGCUUCUGCUUCUGCUCGUCUGAGUUAA